UAAUGCUGCAUGUUCAUUCGGAAAUUAGAAAUAAAAGGUUAAUGAAUACAAGCUGUGCGCGUGUGUAAGACAGAAAAUAUGUAUGUGUAUGGGCGUGUAUGCGUGCGCGCGUUUGCUAGUUAUGGAAAUAAGGUUUUCCGCCCCUUUCGGAGGCUCUCGUGUACGCAGAAACAAAACAAAGCUGCGUUCAAUACUGCGCUUCAGUAGGGCUCGUUGAGGACCUCAUUUUAAAAGGAAUCACUUAAACUGCUGGUCACAGAGAUUCAAUAAAACAUGCUGGGUAGUCUGAAACUAUUAUAACCGCGGUUCGGCGUCAGGAAGGCUCCUUUUAGGCUCGUUGUCUUCCCUUCUCCAAGCGGGGGGGCGUUCGCGAGCAGCCGGCCCACGGAGCGUUCAUCAGACGCUGCUUCACUUCCUGUGUUCAACAGGAGCCCACGAGCCGCCCAUCCUGCAUCCCGCGACCACACGACGACCCCCGGGUCCACACUCCGGCUUCCCCGGGUCGCACUGACAAGUGUCUCCGCCAUGGUGGAGACGCCGGCCGGCUGUCUGUUCGAAGACAUCCAGUACGAAGACAUCCAAGUGGAAGCGGCCGUCGGUCGGGGGACAUUUGGAGUCGUCUUCAAGGCCGUGUGGAAGGGACAGGACGUGGCCAUCAAGACCAUCGAGAGCGAAAAUGAAAGGAACGCUUUCCUCGUCGAGCUCCGCCAGCUGUCCCGGGUGAAUCACCCCAAUAUUGUGAAGCUGUAUGGCUCGUGUGACAACCCAGUCUGCCUGGUCAUGGAGUAUGCAGAGUGCGGCUCUCUGUAUAACCUCCUGCACAGUGCCGACCCCCAGCCCCACUACACGGCGUCCCACGCCAUGAGCUGGUGUCUGCAGUGUGCCCAGGGAGUCGCCUAUCUGCACGCCAUGAAGCCAAAGGCCUUGAUCCACCGGGACCUCAAACCACCAAAUCUGCUGCUGGUGGCUCGUGGCACCGUGCUGAAGAUAUGUGACUUUGGAACGGCCUGUGAUAUUCAGACCUACAUGACCAACAACAAGGGCAGUGCAGCCUGGAUGGCUCCAGAGGUGUUUGAAGGCAGCAACUACAGUGAGAAGUGUGACGUGUUCAGCUGGGGCAUCAUCCUGUGGGAGGUCAUCACACGGAAGAAGCCCUUCGAUGAAAUCGGCGGCUCUGCUUUCUGCAUCAUGUGGGCCGUCCACAGAGGUACCCGGCCUCCUCUCAUCAAAGACCUCCCAGAGGCCAUCGAGAGUCUGAUGACUCGCUGUUGGGACAAAGAACCCAGCCAGAGACCGUCAAUGGAGGAGGUCAAGAACACCAUGAGCCAUCUCAUGACGUACUUCCCAGGCUCUGAUGAACCACUCAAGCUCCCUCAUCAGUCUUCACCCAACAGAAGCGGCUCUUCAUCGGCCACGAGCACAGGCUCGUAUGCGGAGAGCAGCAACAGGAGCGACGACAACACAGAGCGCAGGAACUCCGUCGGCAGGGAGGAAACCUUGAAAAGCUUCGAGGCCAAGUUUCCACUGCAAUUCAAACCCUCCAAGACGGCCACGCUGCGUCCCAGCCCGUCCAAGGUGUCCAGUGUGGACAGCCAACCGGGAUGCUCCCAAAGUCCCACCCCCUGCACCAGCCCUGUGACCACCACCGGCCAAUCAGAGUUGAGGAUGACCAUUAGUCCCACAGCUACCAACGGUUUGGACAGUUCCAUGGCCUACCUGAAACUAGAUCACCAGUUACAGCCUCUGGCCCCGUGUCCCAACUCCAAAGAGUCCAUGGCCGUGUUUGAGCAGCACAUCAGGAUGGCUCAGGACUACCUUAAAGUCCAGUCAGAGAUCGCUGACCUCGCUCGGAGAAAAGAGGCGCUCAUGUCGGAGCUGGAGCAGGACCAGAGGGAGCAGCACACCUCAUGUCGACUGAUCCAGGAGCACAGCAAGCUGCUGGAGGACAACAGCAGCUUGUCUGCCAGCUGCCAGGGCCUGAGGAGCAAGCUGAGCCUGAUCAAGAGUCAGAACCAGCACCACAGCUAGUACACGCGCUCCACCGCCUCCACCCGACUGGCUCCUUCUCCCGCGGAUGAGAGGAAUCACUCCAUGAACCGGCCUUAAUGUUGGGAAAGCCCAUUAUGCUGAGAAAAUACACGCAUGUGACUCACUGCAAAGCGAUGUGUCAGGAGAGCGGGGGGUUGGGAAGAGGCGGAUCGGUCCAGAACCCAUCCCAAACCUCAUCAGUGCCCAGCUCCAUCACACUGGAGAGCACCACUAGAAAUAGGUGGUUCUUCUUUUUUGUAGUUACGUUUUUGACCAAAGCGAACGGUUUUGUUGAACAAAUAAUUUCAGUUUGACUUAAAAACAAAUCUGAGCACCUGUUUGUUAUCAAGGUAUUCAGAUAAAUAGUAACCACCGUGUCCCUUGUGUAGACAGGUGGGUCGGCCUUUACAGUCAGUAUUUCACGUUGGUACUGAUGACCGAGGAGAUUCACGUGCACUUGGACUCUGAAUCGCACCUGGAAGUGACUUGGUCUUUUUUCAGUUUUAUUUGACUGUUCUUUUAUUUUUUCAGUUUUAAAAGUAACUACGAUUGUAAUUUGUAAAUUCGUACCUUUUUAUAUAUUCGGUAUAUACACACCUAUUGUAUUGGGAAUUGUGAAAAGACGCACUUAUGGUGUGCGCCGUAUCCUUUUAACACCGGUUUGACUGUGAAUACGAGACGUAACUGAAGGAGUUGAGCUUCAGAGCCGGCUGCCUUGGAGCAAAAGAAGAGCUUUGUUUGAAAUGGAAAUAACUGUGGAAUAAUGAACCUGGAAGACUUCUCUAUACAUCUGUUUAAUUGUGUUUUCUUUAGUUCCCUUUUUACCCACAUUUGUAUUUCACAGAAUUAUAUUAACAUUGUUCUGCACUGCACUUAUUUUGGGUGGUUUCUAUGACAGCGGGGUACUCUGGGAUGAAUUGCUGUUUUUUCUGCAUCUCCUCAGACGCUGCGCAGGGAUUGUUAUUCUACGGUUCAUUUAUUUCAUCCCAGCUUAUUUUAUAAAACAUGUUUCCUGUGAUUUGUGUACAUACUGCAAUUAUAUGCUUUUAGAGAGUAAAAGCAAA